GUCCUGCAGAACAUCCUGGAAGCAGAGAGUGAAUAUUCGAGGGAGCUGCAGAGUCUGCUGGGUUCAUACCUGCGCUCGCUUCACCCCACAGACAGACUCACCAGCGUCGACAUCGGUCACAUUCAGGGAAAUCUGGAGGAGAUCUCGACCUUCCAGCAGAUGUUGGUUCAGUCGUUGGAGGAGCACACAAAACUUCCAGAGAAUCAGCAGAGGAUCGGAGGUUUCUUCCUCAAUCUGAUGCCUCAGAUGAAGAUCAUCUACGUGGCGUACUGCUCCACCCACCCGUGUGCUGUCAGCGUCCUCACACAACACAGUGAGGAGCUGGGGGAGUACAUGGAGUCAAAGGGGGCGCCCACUCCGGGGAUCCUGACUCUGACCACCAGUCUGAGUAAACCCUUCACUCGACUGGAGAGAUACCCGACGCUGCUCAAAGAACUGGACAGACACAUGGAGGAGCAGCACCCUGACAGAGCCGACCUCCUUGCUGCUCUUUCAGCCUUUAAAGACUUUGCAGCUCAGUGUCAGGAUGUGAGGAAGAAGAAGGACCUCGAGUUGCAGAUUUUAACCGAACCAAUCAGAAACUGGGAGGGCGAUGACAUCAGAGCCCUGGGCCCCGUCCUCCACAUGUCCCAGACCACCGUCCACACGCAGAACUGUCAGGAGUCAAACGAGCGAUACCUCGUCCUGUUUCCUCACACUCUGCUCAUGCUCUCUGCCAGUCUGAGGAUGAGCGGAUUCAUCUAUCAGGGGAGGAUACCGCUGUCAGGAAUACUGAUAUCCAGAAUAGAAGACGGAGAUAACCUGAAGAACGCUUUUGAGAUAUCAGGUGCAGGUGGUCAGUGCGAGCGGAUGCAGGUUGCUUGUAACAAUCAGCACGAUCUGCAGGACUGGCUGGACCUCCUCACAAAACACACACACACUCCGGCUGUGCACACACACCCGCACAAGCCUCAGUCUGUGUGUCACACACUGCCCUCUCAACCCGUCACUCCGUCCAGACACUCAGAGUCUCGAGGAGGCAGCGGCUCAGGAAACAACUACCACACACUCCCCCAUCCAUCUUCACUCGGCACCACACACACCAGCAGCAGCAGUCCGACGUGGGGGCCCCUGGAGCCUCCGAGCACGCCCAAACCCUGGAGCCUGAGCUGCCUCCGCCCUGCGCCUCCUCUCCGGCCCUCUGCUGCGCUCUGCCAGAAGGAGGAUCUGAGUAAAAGUCCAAAGAACAUGAAGAAGCUGCUCCCAAAGAGGAAACCAGAGAGGAAACCUUCAGAGGAGGAUUUCUCAGUCAGAAAAAGUACGGCCGCUCUGGAGGAAGACGCUCAGAUUCUGAAGGUGAUCGAAGCGUACUGCACGAGCGCAAAGACACGACAGACUCUCAACUCCACCUGGCAAGGGACUGACCUCAUGCACAACCACGUGCUCGCUGACACCAGCCUCACUGUCACGGGUAACCCUGGUAACCCGCCGUGUUCUGACCAAUCAGAGGACUCCGAUUAUGACAGUAUCUGGACGCCACUAGUUACAGGACGCCUCGUUUUCUC